AUGGUGGGUGUUCCCGGUAGAUCCAAGGGAUGUAUCACAUGUCGAAGACGCAAGAAAGGAUGUGAUAAGGUAAUGCCAUUUUGCGGUCAAUGCAUCGCUCUCAACAUCUCAUGCGGCGGCUACGAUAAACAAUCUAUCUGGCUCAACAGCAAAGGACCAGCACAGACAUCUUAUACCAAGUCGCUGCUGCAAAGGGACAGCUUCGACGUAAAAAUUAUCUCAAAACCACCCGGUGUGUCUGUGAUACCGCUACACGACUCACUUGCCAGGACAGCCAGAACUCAAAAGUUCACUGGACUUUUCUGGACGGAUUACCUCUCAGGAGGGAAUGGUUUCUCGCUCAAGGCUUCAGGUACAACGAGCUUCCAGCGCAUGCGACUCUACGAGGAUUUGAGCCAAAUAGAGCCCGCCCUUCAAUAUGUCGCGAUGGCACUGAGCACAGCUACUCUCGGGGCAAACAGUAACGACAUGCAACUGACACGAAAGAGUCAACAGGCAUAUGGCUUGGCGCUGCAGCAAAUGGCUUUCUCUUUAGAUUCGUCCAGGCAAGACAAGGACGGUAUGCUUGCAGCCAUUCAACUGAUGCGAGUUUACGAACAAUUAUUUGGGAGGAACUUCAUUGAAGAUCCAAGAAGGCCUACAACUCAAGGCUUCAAAAAGCACAUCGAUGGCGAAACGGCGCUUAUUUUAAGCCGGGGCCCCGACGAUGUCUGGUCCUCUAUGGGACGCCAGCUAUUGGCUGAUGGAUGCCUCACACUGAUCAAUACAUGCGUGUCUCGAAGAAAGAGGUCACCUUUCAGUCAACAACAGUGGAAGCGAAUACCUCUAUGGCGCUUAGUGACAGACUCGCCACUCAACAAGCUCAUUGACAUCUUGGUAGAGGUCCCAGGUCUCCUAGAAGACUUGGAUAUUCUUCGGCAAGCUUCGUAUUCAAAUGGAUCCGAACUGGCAAACGCGCUCAAAGGUACCUGCCAUGCAUGCGUAUUGGACCUCUUAUGUUGGGAAGCAGAUAUAGGCCAUGUUCUCACGGCUUACGACUACACAGUCGUGGGGAAAGCUUUACCUCUCCCCAAAAAUGACGAUGAUCUAGCAGUCAUUUACUUGAGCUGUUAUUAUUGGAUGACUUGUCUAAUGGUAUACUCAACAAUGGGCUUUUGUGAACUUGAAGACCAAAAGAUCGGCACAAAACUCGAUCUUAUGGAUUGUCCAAGUCAGAUAAUUGCCACAUCUUAUGCCUACCGUAUCGCACACGCAAUUCAUCUUCUGUUUCAGCCACCAGCAGGAGACUACAGCUCUGUGGCUGUCUUCUUCCCUCUUGGCAACGCGAUACGGUACCUUAUCAUGACGGAAACAUAUGGUGGUCAAAGCAUGAUGAGCAAUGAGAGAUUGUUAAUUACAAAAGUUUUUACAAAACCAUUACUAGGGAGUUUUGUUGGUCAGUUUUUGAAGAAUUUGCAGGCUGAUGAUGAUGUCGACUAUGGCUAUCCUGCAGAGAGACUGAUAGGUAUGGUAGGUGUUGAGUAUAGAGCAAGAGUAUGGUGGUGUGGUACGCAGAGAGCUGGGGUACCAAAGAUGCCCUCUGAAGGGGCUUGUCUUUAA